UCAGCUCAGAUGUUUAAAACUUAAAUGUUUGGUUAAACGUUUUCUUUUAUUAUUUUUAAAAAAUAUAUAGUGAUCAGAUCACUAAAAAAUUUAAAUUAUACAUACUUUCAUGUGCAUUUUGUGCCACUGAGAAAUUAAUUAAUUGCAAAAAGAAACAUAAAAAUUGAGAAUAAAUUGAAAUGAAUUUGCACAUGAAUGCAUUUUUUUCUAAUUUAUUAUUGUUGGCGGUAGUAAUUGUAACAAUAUCAGCUUUAAAUGAAAUAAAAAAUGAAAAUAAAUUGAUAACAACUAAAAAUGAGUACAUUAUUAAUCAUAUUUUUUUGGUAUUUUCAAAUCCAAAAAUCGAUAAUUAUAAUCAAGAAACGGAAGUAAAGAGUAAUAAUAAUAAAACGCUUAUUAACAAUCAAUGGAACAAUGAUAGUUUUAUUCUAGAAGAAAAAGAACGACAAUCAGUAGAUAAACAAAUUGAAAAAAAUGAAACUAUAAUAUUAGAAUAUAAAAUUAUAGAGGAUCAUGAUGAAGAUCAAGAUGAUAUAAAAACUUUUGUGGAUUAUUAUCAUGAUGGUGUAACAUCUUAUUUAGGAAAUGAUUGGGUAGGUUGUAUAUCUUCUUUGGAAAGAGCUGUUGUUCUAUAUAAUGAUUAUUAUAAUACUUUGACCUAUUGUCGAGUUUCUUGUGAUAUGGAAAGAUCAAUAUUAAAGCCAACAUUUGAAGAAAAUUAUGGUGAUUAUCAUUUUUAUGAAGGAAUUUUACAUAAAACAUUAUGCUUAGAGAAAUGCCGUAAUGAACAAUUAAAAAAUAUACCAAAAUUUUUUACUGUAGAAUAUAAAGAUAAAAUUAUUUUUAAGCAACGUAAACCUUAUAAUUAUCUUCAAAUAUGCUAUUUUAAGGAUAAGGAGGUGAGCAAAGCUAUUGAUGCUGCUUUUACAGCAUUACUUGGAGACCCAAAUGAUAUUAUGCUGAAAAAAAAUAUUGAAUUUUAUGCUAGUACAAAAGAUUUUAAUUAUGAAAAUAUGAAAGAUUUAGAAGAUAAGGAAUUUACGAAAUUCUAUUUACAAGGAAUGGAUGAUUAUAAUAUAAAAAAUUGGACUGCAACAAUUAAUAAUUUUGAAAAAUUUAUUGAAGUAUGGAUACAAGAAUAUGACAAAUGUCGUGCAUUUUGUGAAGAUGAUUAUCAGCAAGGAUGGUUACCAGAUUAUGAUAUGGCUUUAGCAAAUCAAUACGUUUAUGUAUUACGCUGUAAACAAAAUUGUACAUUUGAUUUAAAUUUAAUUGGUGGUAGAACUUAUGGUGAUUCUUUUGCAAGCGCUUAUGACUACUUACAAUUUUCAUAUUUCCAAAUUGGAGAAAUUGAAAAAGCUGUUAAAUGUGUUUCAAGUUAUCUUUUAUUACAUCCGGAAUCUGUAGAUAUGUUAGAAACUUUGAGAUAUUAUAAAACAAUACCAAAUAUAACAGAGAAAUAUUUUCAACCAAGAGAAGAAAUUAAAAAAAUGGUUGCCAUGAGGAAAUAUGAAAUUUAUUUAUUAGAAUUUGUUGAUAAUGAAUUUACAAAAAUUUCACAUGAAAAUAUUGGGAAAAAAUCCAAGUUAGAUGACACUCAGGAUCAAGAAUCUGGACCAGGUGAUGCAAAUACUAAAACGACAGACUCACAAUUUUUUAAUAUUAUAAAUAAUUUCAUUGAAAAAUGGAAAAAUAGUACUAAAAUUUUUUAAAAUAUCAUAUACAUAGAUUAAAAUAGGAAAUAUUUUUUUAAUGUAUGCACAUUAUUGUAGGUAAAUAAA